AGCUCCUGCCCUCCUCUCAGCCAUCCGCCGUUGCCAAGGUUUCCGUGUACGCGCUGCCAGCGAGAGCGGAGCCGCGCGACUGUCAUACAGUAUUGCCAGACAUGGCGGCGGAUCUACAACCCGAGUGGGUUUCUUGUCUCCCUUCUUCCUGGAGUUAUGGGGUUACUCGGGAUGGACGCGUCUUCUUCAUUAACGAGGAAGCGAAGAGUACAACCUGGCUGCAUCCAGUAAGUGGCGAGGCGGUAAUAACCGGGCACAGAAAAACUCCAGACCUUCCCACUGGAUGGGAAGAAGGAUAUACUUUCGAGGGUGCACGUUGCUUUAUCAAGUGAGUUAACACCCACCCUCCAAGAGACACACACCCAUCAUAACCCCAGAACCUGCAUACAACAUCUAAACAUGCCAUAUGAAUUCAAAGCACUUCCCCUUUGCAUAUCACCAUGAAUGCGGGAUGCCUUCAUUUUAAACAGGUUUAUUUAUUACCACUUGUAUCUCUUCAAGUGAAUGAAAAGCUCCUUCAAAUGUCGUGCUACUCCUGAAAACAUACUGUGAAUUAGAAGUAAAUAUUGCAUGGCCGUGCAUUUGGAACCUUUACUCCCUAUUUCUCUACUGUUGAAGCCUAUUGCCUAGUUAAUGAUUACACAAGAACACUGUGCAAAUACUAGACAGACCUGGGCAAAGUGUGGUUGCGAGCUGUUUUUAUUUAUUCAGACUUACCCUGCUCAGAGCUGAGCCUACUUGAAGAGUUGAGUAUAAUGUGUUCUCUUUUUCUGAAAGUUAUUAAAUCGUCAUGAAACUGUUAUCCCCGCUGUUUAGAUGGUCUGGUCACAAUUUA